AGUAUGUGCAAUUGAAGGCGUUAUGCUGGACUUGCAUGAAGCAGAAGAGGCAUGGAACUUGUGUUUUUGAUUCCAUGGUGUAAGCUCAAGCAAAUUAACCAGCACACGAAGAACAACUCGAGUAUAGGAGAAAAUGUUACGAUCAUAUGAUCCAUUCUGGAAUGAUGUUGAAAAAAUGGACGAUGGUAGGAUGGAGUGUAAGUUUUGUGGGCAUUUAUUUGCCAAAGGUACUUCCAUUUCGAGGGUCAAAUUACAUUUAUCAGGAGUGAAAUGGCGGGGUGUUAAAAUCUGUAAAGAUGUCCCAGAAGAAGUUCAAGAAGCAGCCCGCGCAGCAAUUGAUGGCCCUCCAGCAAAAAAACUUAAAACUGUAGCAGGCUCAGGAAGUAACGAUGCCAGUAAUACAAUUUCAGCUUCGGCACAAGAACAGAACAAUGAAGGGAGACUUGUAGAAAUGGCACAGCAAGGAGAAGCUUUUUCCCCUGGAGAGCUCGAAGAGUGGGUGGAUAGCAUCACUGAUAAAGAGAUUGAGCCUAUGCAUGAUGCAUUUGAGACUAUACUGAGAACAGAACAAGUGCAGCAUCUGGAGAGAGGCAGCUCUCUCGAGAGGCCAUCAAUUAAUCAAGCUGAUGAGCCUCGAGGAGAUUCAUCCCAACCAACAGAUCCCAUUAUGAAUGAUGUGCAGAAAAUGGUUAGAGUGAGGACAGAACCAGAGGAGGAGAGGGGGGAGGAGGAGGAGGAGGAUGUGGAGAAUAAUAGUGGAAGAUCAGUGCAGCCUGGUGUAGGAGCUAGUUCUUCCGGAGGCCUUAAAUACGACACCUGUGAGCCUAGAGGAGAUCCAUUGCCUAUUGGAUCUACAAGGCUAGUGGGUCAAGCAUUUGAAGAGAAUAUACAUGUGGUACGAUCUUUAUUAAUAGAUGAUGAAGUAUCAAUCAUUGGUAUUUAUGGAAUGGGAGGAGUCGGUAAAACAACAAUGCUGCAACAUAUUCAUAAUGAACUUCUACAAAGAUCAGAAUUUUAUCAUGUUUACUGGGUGACUAUGUCUCGAGAUUUUAGCAUUAAUAGAUUGCAAAAUCUUAUUGCUAAACAUCUUGAUCUAGAUCUUUCAAGUGAAGAUGAUGAUGUGAGUAGAGCUGUAAAAUUGUUAAAAGAACUAAGAAAGAAAAAAAAAUGGAUUCUUAUUUUAGAUGAUUUGUGGAAUUUUUUUAGACCACACAAAGUGGGAAUUCCUAUCCCAUUGAAAGGAUGCAAAUUGAUUAUGACAACUCGAUCAGAACGAAUUUGUGAUCGGAUGGAAUGCCAACACAAAAUGAAAGUGAUGCCACUUUCUGAGGGAGAAGCUUGGACUUUGUUUAUGGAGGAACUUGGACAUAACAUAGCAUUUUCUUCAAAAGUGGAACGAAUUGCAGUAGCUGUUAUAAGGGAAUGUGCUGGUUUGCCAUUGGGGAUUAUAACAGUGGUGGGAAGCUUGAGGGGAGUGGAUGACAUACAUGAGUGGAGGAAUACAUUGAAGAAACUAAAAAAAUCAAAACUUAGGGAUAUGGAAGAUGAGGUAUUCCGGUUAUUGAGGUUUAGUUAUGAUCGUUUAGAUGAUUUGGCCCUACAAAAAUGUCUCUUAUAUUGCACAUCAUUUCCUGAAGAUCAUAAGAUUGAAAGGGAGGAGUUGAUAGAUUAUUUGAUCGAUGAAGGAAUAGUGGAAGGAAUAGGGAGGAGGCAAGAAGAACUUGAUGAGGGCCACACCAUGCUCAAUAGACUUGAAGACGUCUGCUUAUUGGAAUGGGGUAGAUUGUGUAAUAUUCGUAGAUUUGUCAAAAUGCAUGACUUGAUUAGAGACAUGGCCAUCCAAAUACUGCAAGAGAACUCCCAAGUCAUUGUUCAAGCAGGUGCACAAUUAAGAGAAUUACCUGAUGCAGAGGAGUGGACAGAGAAUCUUACGAGAGUUUCACUAAUGCAAAAUCAUAUUAGAGAAAUUCCUUCAAGUCAGUCACCAAGGUGUCCCCAUCUGUCAACUCUAUUACUAAGUCAUAAUGAAAGGUUGGGAUUUAUUGCAGAUUCAUUUUUUAAGCAAUUACUUGGGCUCAAGGUUCUUGAUCUGUCUUAUACAAAUAUUGAAAAUUUGGCGGAUUCUGUCUCUGAUUUGGUGAGUCUCACUACAUUAUUGCUUAAAGGUUGUGAGAAGUUAAGACAUGUACCCUCAUUACAGAAGCUCAGGGCAUUGAAGAAGUUAGAUCUCUCUAAUACAAUACUUGAAAAGAUGCCUCAAGGCAUGGAAUGUCUAUCCAACCUGAGAUAUCUUAGAAUGAAUGGAUGUGGUGAGAAGGAGUUUCCUGGUGGGAUACUAUCAAAACUCUCUCACUUGCAAGUCUUUAUAUUAGAGGAGUGGAUGCCUACUGGAUUUGAAUCAGAAUAUGUCCCAGUAACAGUUAAGGGAAAGGAAGUAGGGUGCUUAAGGAAGUUGGAAACUUUAGAAUGCCACUUUGAAGGUCACUCUGACUUGGUAGAGUAUCUCAAAUUUCGGGAUGAGAACCAAUCACCAAGUACAUACAAAAUUUUUGUAGGUCUGUUUGAGGAGUUUCAUCUUUUAGAUAAGUACACAUAUUGUAGAGAUAAAAGUGUUUGGUUGGGUAAUUUGACUUUCAACAGAGUUGGAAAUUUUCAGGACAUGUUCUUAAAUGACCUUCAAGAACUGCUGAUUUAUAAAUGUAAUGAUGUAACAAGUUUAUGUGAUGUUCCAUCCUUGAUGAAGACUGCAACUGAACUGGAGGUCAUCAGCAUUUGGGAUUGCAAUGGCAUAGAGAGCAUGGUUUCAUCUUCUUGGUUUUGCUCCGCUCCACUACCAUCUUCAUCUUACAAUGGAAUAUUUUCGAGUCUUAAAAAGUUCAAUUGUUAUAGAUGUAGAAGCAUGAAGAAGCUGUUCCCUCUUGCCUUGUUGCCAAGCCUUGUAAACCUGGAACAGAUUAUAGUUUAUGAUUGUGAGAAAAUGGAGGAGAUAAUAUGUACAAGAUCAGAUGAAGAAGAUGUUGUGGGUGAAGAAGAAAGCAGCAGCAACAUCGAAUUCAAACUCCCAAAGUUAAGAGUUCUGGACUUGUGUGACUUACCAAAACUUAAAAGCAUUUGUAGUGCAAAGCUGAUUUGCGAUUCUCUCGAAGAAAUUGAAGUGUCAUAUUGUCAGGAGCUUAAGAGAAUGGAGAUUUUUCCCCCAGUGCUUGAAAAUGGCCAGCCAUCUCCUCCCCCUUCUCUUAGAAUAUGUAUAUAUCCAAAAGAAUGGUGGGAGUCAGUAGUGGAGUGGGAGCAUCCGAACACAAAGGAUGUCCUUCUACCCUUUGUAAAUGAUCAGAGAAGGCCUUGUGCUGGUAACGACCGACUUGAUUUCAAUGCCUUUAAUGAUGAAGCGUCUCUAAUAUUUCUAUUGCUUGAAACAAUUGAUGAGGAAGAAGCCAUGCGCAAAAUGAUUCGACCAAAUGAUCCAGUUUGGCGUCAUGCUGACAGAUCUUCCAGUGCAUAUGUUGAAAAUAUGGAUGAUGGUAGAAUGACGUGUAAGCUUUGUGGGCAAUUGUUUGCCCAAGGUACUUCCAUCUCGAGGAUCAAAUUCCAUUUGUCAGGAGUGAAAGGGCGUGGUGUUAAAAUUUGUGAAGAUGUUCCAAAAGAAGUUCAAGAUGCAGCCCUUGUAGCAAUUGGCGCUCCAGAGAAAAAAAAGCUUAAAACUGUAGCAGGCUCAAGCAGUAACGAGGUCCCUAACGCACAAGAACAGAACAAUGAAGGGACACAUGUAGACAUGGCACAACAAGGAGAAGCUGUUUUCACUGGAGAACAUGCAUGGGCAAAUGAUUUCAUUAGAGGAGGGAUUGAGCUUGUGCAUAAUACAUCGGAGCGUAGACCAAUAACAGAGCAACUCUGUUCUCCAUCAGUAAACAAUGAUGUCAUUAUGAAUGAGGUACUUGGAGGGAUUGAACCUAUGCAUAAUGCACUGGAGACUAGACCAAUAACAGAGCAAGCAAGUCAAGAGUGUGAACGAGGAGUCUGUGACUUCUCUUCUUCUUCCGCGGUGGAUAAUGUCAUUGGCAAUAACAUAGAAAACCCAGCCACGGGAUUCAUGCAGCCUGGUGCAGGAGCUAGCUCUUCUGGAGGCCUUAAAUACUACACAAGUGAGACUACAGGAGAUAUGUUACCUACUAGCUCUACAAAGCUAGUGGGUCGAGCAUUAUAA